AAAGUCCCCUGAGGGCUGGAGCUGAUUGUCGGUGUGAUAAGGAGCCGAGAGGAGCUGAGGACAGAGCUGCUUCAGACCACAUGCUGAGCGGACAUGGAUCACAGAGCGCUGGUCGUGUUACUGUCUCUCUGGAGCUCAGGAUUCUGGGCUGGAUACACAGACGGUGCACCAGCAAUAGUGCCUGAAGGUGUUGUGUUCUUGGAAGGAGCGAAUCGUUGUGCUGCUACAUUGGUGCCAAGCACCUAUAGAGGCUGGACGCCAGAGGAUGAGCUGCCGUUAGUAGAGAUGGAGUGCAGGCGGCACGACUGUGGCUCUGUAGUUUCGUUGGCAGAGUCUUCAUUCCAGGCAAUCCUAACCAUCAGAUGUUCAGAGUCUGUCAGGCUGGUGAACGGGACCAACCGGUGUUCAGGCCGACUGGAGGUGAAGUCCGACGAGUCGUGGUCCUCGGUGUGUGAAGGGGAGUUUGACCAGCAGGUUGCAGAGGUGGUCUGCAGGGAGCUGGACUGUGGGGCUCCUUCAGUCCUCCAGGGGGCGCUCUAUGGAGAAGUGGAGGCUCCAGUGGGGAGCAGAGAGUUCCAGUGUGAAGGAAGUGAGCCUCAUCUCCUGGAGUGUCACAGAUCAACCUGCUCAUCCGGCCGAGCACUUGGACUCACCUGCUCAGAACAUGAUGAUGUCAGGCUGGUGGGAGGAGCCAACCACUGCUCUGGUGAAUUACAGCUGAAACAUCAUGGAGCUUUGAGGGCGCUAGAUUCCAAAGACUUUGUCUGGAACCUGAAGAGACCAAAUAUCCUAUGCCGUCAGCUGGACUGUGGCUCCUCAGUUUCGAUACGAAAUUCACAAAGUCCUUCAGCACGUGAAAUGUGGAGGAUCAACUUUUCCUGUGCUCAAUCCACAGAUCAACUGACGGAAUGUUUGACAACAAUUAAUGAAUUGAGCUAUUACAGCUUCGAAAUCACCUGCUCAGAGUCUGUCAGGCUGGUGAACGGGACCAACCGGUGUUCAGGCCGACUGGAGGUGAAGUCCAACGAGUCGUGGUCAUCGGUGUGUGAAGGGGAGUUUGACCAGCAGGUUGCAGAGGUGGUCUGCAGGGAGCUGGACUGUGGGGCUCCUUCAGUCCUCCAGGGGGCGCUCUAUGGAGAAGUGGAGGCUCCAGUGGGGAGCAGAGAGUUCCAGUGUAGAGGAAGUGAGUCUCAUCUCCUGGAGUGUCACAGAUCAACCUGCUCAUCCGGCCGAGCACUUGGACUCACCUGCUCAGACCAUGAUGAUGUCAGGCUGGUGGGAGGAGCCAACCACUGCUCUGGUGAAUUACAGCUGAAACAUCAUGGAGUCUGGAGAGCAGUCAAUUCCAAAUACAGGAACCUGGAGGCGGCAAAUAUAAUAUGUCGUCAGCUGGGCUGUGGCUCCUCAGUUUCAACUGGAAAGAAAUUAGAUUCUUCAACACGUAAUGUGUUGUGGAUCGACUUGUCCUGUGUUAAGUCCACAUAUAAAACCACGGAAUGUUUGACAAUAAGUUGGAUUCCACAAUGGAGCUAUUACAGCUUGGAAAUCAGCUGCUCAGAGUCUGUCAGGCUGGUGAACGGGACCAACCGGUGUUCAGGCCGACUGGAGGUGAAGUCCGACAAGUCGUGGUCAUCGGUGUGUGAAGGGGAGUUUGACCAGCAGGUUGCAGAGGUGGUCUGCAGGGAGCUGGACUGUGGGGCUCCUUCUGUCCUCCAGGGGGCGCUCUAUGGAGAAGUGGAGGCUCCAGUGGGGAGCAGAGAGUUCCAGUGUAGAGGAAGUGAGUCUCAUCUCCUGGACUGCAAAUGGUCCGACUCCGCUAUAAGCACCUGCUCAUCUGACAAAGCUGUUGGAGUCACCUGCUCAGAUCCAAGCAGAGUCAGGCUGGUGGGAGAGGCAAGUCGCUGCGCUGGUGAACUGGAGUUGAACAACCAGAGAGAGUGGAGACCAGUGGUGGAUAACAGGGAUGAAUGGGACCAGAUGUUGUCAGAUAACGUGUGCACACAGCUGGAUUGUGGUUCUGCUGUUUCAACAGACGUUACACAUCAUACUAAGUACAGACCUGUUUGGUGGCUAGAGAAAUCCUGUCACCAGUCCGGGUCUGCAUUCUGGGAAUGUUUGAAGCUGAACAGUGAUGACAGCUUUAACAGAGGCACUGAAGUGAUUUGCUCAGGUUUGCUGGUUCAGCCAAACGUCUCCGUCUCACCCAUUGUUGGGGUCUCCGGGGCCGAGCUGCAGGGGUAUCAUGUGCUCCUGGGCUCCAGCUUCACCGUCACAUGUUCUACUGAACCACAGUACGAAGGAGGCUCCUUCCACCUUCUCUUCACCACCUCCGACACAGCACAGAACUACACCCUACCGGCUGUCAAUCACUCCGCCCACUUCCUGUUCUCUGCUGCGCGCAGCGCCCACCGAGGGGACUACACAUGUGUUUACCACGUCUACGUUUUCUCCUAUAACUUCUCUUCCGAGAGCCGGCCUCUCCAUCUCAUUGUCUCAGCUUCUGUGACUGAUCUGAUCAUCAGAUGUGUCGUGGUGCUGCUGGUUCUGACGGUGUCGACCACAAUCCUCUACUUCCACUUCAAGGCCGGAAGACGCCGGAGGAGAGAGAGAGCACCUCCAGCUGCUGAUCACACAGUGAGAGAGGCCUGUCAGCGUGAAAUAAAAUGAUCACAGGAGAGGCUUUGGAUGCAUUUCAUCCAGAUGUUGAAAAUGUGUCAAUGUGCAGUAUCUGUCUGUCCAAGAUGCACAUUUUUAUUCCUUUUUCUUCAAAGACAAAUGAUAAAAAUAUAGAAAAUCAUCAGACUGAUCCUCUAAUGAAGUUAUUGUUAUUCUUGUUGUUGUUGUUGUGUUUGUCCUCAUAAGGAAGACAAGUUCCCAUUAUGUGAGUGUGUAAACUGUUUUUUUCUUUAUAUCAAAGACAAAGUUACAUGUUGACUUGGAACAAAAUAGCCAAAUAACUCAAAUUUUUUUUCCGCCAUAAAUUUAUUACUUUAAUCUCAAAAAAUACAUAUGUUUUAAAAUGUAAAUUUACAAUUUUAAUCUCAGAAAUCAACUUUCUUUCCUCUGAAUAUCUCACACAUACCAAAAUAUAGAAAAUCAGCGGACUGAUCCUUUAAAAUUCAUGUCAGUGAUUUUGGAAGUGGCGCAUGAGGAAAAAGUUGCAGUACUUAUUAAAUAUUUACACUCAGCAUAUUGUCAGUUAUUGUGAAAUUGUAAUUUUUUUUAUACAUAUAAGAAACUUUUAUUUUCUCAUUUAUUAAUACAUUUACAAUUGAUAUUUGUCUUUAUUUUUCAUACUCACUUAUACCUUCAUGUAUUUGAUUGAUAUUAGUUUUUUUCAAAAGACUGUUAAAAUUGAGUUAUUGUUGUUGUUGUUAUUGUUGUUGUGUUUGUCCUCAUAAGGAAGACAAGUUCCCAUUAUGUGAGUGUGUAAACUGUUUUUUUAUUUCUUAUCAAAGACGAAGUGACAUGUUGACUUGGAACGAAAUAGCAAAAUAACUCUCACAAAUGUGUUUUCCCCCAUAAAUGUAUUACUUUAAUCUCAAAAAAUACAUAUGUUUUUCUCUCUCGUAAAUUUACAAUUUUAAUCAUACCAAAAUAUAGAAAAUCAGCCGACUGAUCCUUUAAAAUUCAUGUCAGUGAUUUUGGAAGUGGAGUAUGAGGCAAAGUUGAAGCAUUUGUUGAAUAUUUGAACUCUUGUGGAAAAAUUAACAGUAAAAGAAACAACAGCUUAUUAAGUUAUUGUUAAAUUGUAUUUUAUACAUAAGGAACUACUUUUAUUUACUCAUUUAUUAAUACGUUUACUUUAAUACUUUUCAUACUUAUACUUACAUGUACAAUAAACCUGUACUUAGUCAAUAUGAGUUUUUUUAGUUUUUCAAAAAACACUGUUAAAAUGAAGCUAUUAUUGUUAUGGUUGUUGUGUUUGUCCCCAUAAGGAAGAUAAGUCCCCAUUAUGUAAGUGUGUAAACAGAUGUUGGUCCCCACAACAUGAGUAAUACCAACACCAAACACACACACACACAUAGGAUACAAACAUAAUAACUUGUAUUAGGAUACAUCCAUUGUUGAGAGUAAAAAAACAACAGCUUAUUGUCAGUUGUUGGUAAAUUGUCCUUUUUUUACAUAACUAACUGCUUUUACCUACUCAUUAUUAAUGCAUUUACGUUUGAUAUUCAUCUUUACUUUUUAAUACUCGCUUAUACAAACAUGUACAAUAAACCUUAAAGUAGUCGA